UUGUGCAGAACACAUUUCUGGUUUUUUUCUUUUUUUUUUUUUUUUUACGUUUUCCAUUUUCUCUGUUGUCAUUCAUUCGGUUUAAUUAACAAAAAACUUUGCAGCUGGCAGGAGUCGACGAUACCUAAGAACUGUUUGAUUUAUCACGUUGCUUUAACUCAGCUACAUUCUGGGCACGCACAGACUGCCUUCCAACUCUUUCUUGUCAUCCUACGCCUUUAUCCAAAACAGCCGAGAAUCUGGUUGCGGAUAGCCGAAUGCUGCAUCCAGGCUUUAACAAAAGUUUGUCUUUUUAUUUUACAUAUAUCUUCGAAUUUCCGCGCACACUCGAAUAGUAAAACACUGUACUGUAUUCAUUUUCUCAUAGUUGACAAGUCGUUUGAUUAUCUGGUGAAUUUCGUUUUUCCUAACUUGUGA